CCCAGCCCUUUCCCAGGUCCGAGGUCCCGGAAACCACCCCCGACUUCGGACCUCCAACCCAGUAAGUCCAGAUGGGACCUACAGCAAGACCGGGGCGCUUCUUCGGUGUCUACCUGCUCUACUGCCAGAACCCUCGGCAUCGGGGCCGCGUUUACGUGGGAUUCACUGUCAAUCCUGCUCGUCGGGUCCGGCAACACAACGCCGGUCGCAAAAAAGGUGGCGCCUGGAGGACCAGCGGGAGAGGACCCUGGGACAUGGUGCUGAUCCUGCACGGUUUCCCGUCUGCUGUGGCCGCCCUUCGGUUUGAAUGGGCCUGGCAGCAUCCUCAGGCCUCACGCCGCCUGACUCACGUGGGGCCGCGCCUGCGCAGUGAGGCCUCCUUUGCCUUCCACCUGCGCGUGUUGGCGCACAUGCUCCGAGCUCCUCCGUGGGUGCGCCUCCCUCUAACCCUGCGCUGGCUGCGACCUGACUUCCGCCACGAACUCUCUCCAGCGCCCCCACCACACAUGCCCAUUGCCUUUGGGCCGCCACCCCAGCCCUUGGUCCCGAAGCGACUCACUGCAAGUGAGGCUGACGGCGAGCGCCAGUGGGAUCUCGAGGCCAAGGCCAGCUGCAUGCUCUGUGCGCGUAAGCUGCAGGAUGAAGAGGGACCCCUGUGCUGCCCCCACUCUGGUUGUCCCCUAAGAGCCCAUAUCAUCUGCCUGGCAGAGGAGUUCCUGCGGGAAGAUCCUGGGCAGCUUCUACCUCUAGAGAGUCAUUGUCCUAGCUGUAAGAACUCAUUGCUUUGGGGAAGCCUGGUCGGGCAGUGCCACACGGACACCGAGGAGGAAGAGGACUUGGAAUUGGAAGAGGAACACUGGACAGACUUGCUGGAGACCUGAUUCUAAGUGUCCCCAACUUUCACCCUGUUCCUUUUCUGCCUCGUCUUCGGUGCUUGGCAGCUUUUACUUGAGUACAAUAAAAACGCUGAGCUAAGGGUA